AUGGGUGACGGUUCUUGUGUGUGCUACUGCAUCUACACCGACAAAACUUACUCGGGGAUUGACAAGUGUCAAGGUAAUAACAUAAGGCCCCUCGCUUUUCCUUCGUCUAAACUUCAUUUCUUAGAAGCACACGUCUCUACUUAUUUGUGCUCUGCUUUUGUGUGUGCGGUUGGACCUCUCCACAACCGCCACUUUGGGUUCAGUUAAGAAAGUGGCCGUUGUCAGCGUUGCUGAACGGUUGAACACAACAGUCAAUGUUUGGACCGUUCUCCAAAACAGGUUGCCGUUGUAGAGAAGUGGCUGUGGUGGAGAGGUAGCCGUUAUUGGAGGUUUCACUGUAUGUGUUUGUUUCCACGAAUUGAUAAUGAAGCAGCGGAAUAACAUAAUUAUUGAAAAUGUGAUGUAUAAAAAGACAGACGAUCUUUAGCAGAUUUUCUUUAUUAUUCAGAUUGCAACGUGGCUUACAAUUGAAUAAUUGCUGUCAAAAAAAAAAGAUAAACCAAAGACUGAAAAAAGAGGCCUAUGGGUUUAUUUAAAUAAAAGGCUUGAAACUUUGCACAGUUCCUUGAGAUAUUUCUGGAGCGAUAUCAAACGAGGUCGUCAUUUCAUUGUCCUUUCAAUUCUAAAUACAACCACAACUUAUUGUCAUCUAUUGAGUAAAGGUAUACUUCAUUGCUUGAAGAAGAGCUGCGAUGAAAACAGAUAAUUUUCAUUUCUAUCAAAAUAUGUAUCUGCACUUUGCACUUGCACUUGGUUUUCUUUCCUUGCUUUGAGAAGAUUUCGUCAAUUUCUAGGCUCCCAUGGCUUUAACAAAAGCUUAUGAAAAUGGUAUUUCCUUAACUUUCCAAUUUCAUCUUCAGAUAUAGGAGGUGACAUUCUGCCAGACGCAUAUAUAUACCAGGCCAAUAAAAAUUUACUUAACCCAGAUGCCAUAAAACAGGAUGAAGAAAGGAUGUUUCAGGCGACCGUAAAAAGUCGGGGAAAUGUGUCAGCGCAGGUUUCCUUCAACUGGUUUGUAAGAGAUGUGCAAGGUUCACCGUGCACAAUUUCGCAGAAUCGAACCCUCUUAGAAGGAAACUCCUCAACGUGGAUUUUCAGCGGUGAAUUAUUAUCUUGGGGCCUCAAACUGCUUGAGCUCGAAGUCUCACCUUUCAGCACAACUACAGCACGAAGAGACUUUGGGUUCAUAAAAGUGGAGGAGCCACAUCUUGUUGCUAUGAUUGCUGGUGGAUACGAAAGCAUUCGUUCUUCAAAAUACCCGAUCCUCUUCAAUGGAUCAGGCUCUCAUGAUUGGAAAGGUGGCAAUACUGGCAUGGAGUUUGUUUGGUCUUGUCUUGAUGGAGGAAAACUUCCUCUAUGUGUUUUCAACGGCAGAGAUAAAGUAAUAGUUCCUUCUGAAGUGGACAGGAAACUCGAAACAACAUGUCCUCUCGAAGUAGGUUUUGAAGCAAAUGGAAGUAUUGCCUACUUGAUGUAUCCCUUGCAGGGACAUGUUUACUUCAUCAAUCUGCUUGUGAGAGAUCGGCGUCUGAGUCAUUCUACAGCUGAUUUUAUGCAGGCCGUUUGUGCCUUAGAAGAUGAUGCAAUAACAGUCGACAUCAGGUGAACAAUAUCCAUUGAUCUGUUGAACGAUUCAAUAGAAAACUUGGCCCGGCUUAAGUUACGUUUUUACAACAUUUAUCUGAAAGGUUAUAUAAACAUUAUAAACUUAUUGUGCAUAGCUUCUUCGAUUCACGUGAAACGCCAAAAUAAAUAAUUUGUUUAUUUUUCAUUGAAUAGAAAAAAAAGAAACAGCAAUUAUCUUUAUUGAUCAAAAUGCCGUUAUUUUUGUCGCAGUCUGAUAGAUAUGUUACAACGUACACGUAUGACUGUAGUAACUUAGUUGUUUAGAAGAGGCAACUGUAAUGGACAUCUUUAAAGGAAAUUUGUUCGCAUUCCAGUGGGUCGAUGUAAAGCUCGUAACAUAUCAAGGCAACAUUGAGAGAAUGAUGGUUGUUAGCAUUACGACAGUAUUGCUUUCAGUGACUUAAAUUACAUGAUAUUGUCGUUUCCGCCGCCAACACUGAUGAUGCGUCUGACUGGCGUACUAAGCUGCAACAGGUCCUGACUUAAAAAAGAAAGAAGUUUGAGACAUGACUGGAGCUGAGGAGAGUUAUCAGAAACUUCUGAAGUAAUUUUAACUCAACCUCAUAUGUGUUUUUCUUUAUCUGCAGAUGUAAAUAUAACUGCAAACUGAAGGUUGUAUCCGGCCAUCAAUUUGCCUUGACAACAAAAGCGAUUGGCCUUCCUCUCAAUUUUCCAAACGCCAGUUACACUUGGAAAUUGUACAGAAAAGGAGCGGAAAGCAAUGACUCCAUCACAGUCUGGUACCUUAACAAGACCUUGAAUUCUCUCACCGCCACAAAGACAAUGAACAAGAACAUUGUUUUCGCUAAGGAUAAACUCCAUGAAAGCUCAUCCUACCGGCUGACUUUAGAUGUAAAAUUACCAAAUGGAACAAGAGGCUGGGCGGCCUACAUAUUCGAAACAGCCUCUAAGCCCUCGGGUGGAGCAUGUUGCGGCACCCAACUGGAGAGAGCAGCUUUAGGAGUUAUUCUGAAUGUCUCAUGCAUGGGAUGGAGAGAUGAUCAUGAACCACUCAUAUACGAGUUCUACCACAUUCAUAUGGAGGAAGAUGAAACACUGCCCCACAUGCUAUCGCACGGUGCAAUACCGUAUAAUGAAGUUCAGUUACCUGUGUUUACUUCAGGUGAAACUGAAAUAAAGGCAGUCAUAAUAAACACUUUAGGAGCUCGAGCCGAGGUUAACUUCACAGUGAAAGUAAGCUUUAGUUCUUCAUUUCCAUUACUAUUAUCAUUAUCGUCACCAUUAAAAAAAAAAGGCUUGUUUAUAGUGAAAGGUGCACUUAGCUUAUCCAGCUAGUUUACAGGCACUCCACUCAAAUAUGUAGCAUAAUUCAAAUACAACAUUACAGGAUCAAAAACCCCAACUGGUAGGAAGCAAACAGUUGGCUAGUGUUGCCGAGGAUUUGAACUCGGGACGACCGAGAACAAAUCCAACAAGUGGCCAAAGCGGGUCUCGAACACGGGACCGCGGGAUUGCGAGUCUGACGUGCUGACCACUCGGCCACGCUGCCUACUAUAUGGAUCAUCACCGGUUCACUCGUCCAUAACCCACACAUAGUAAGCUAUAACCAUUCAUAAGGAACUGCUUAACAGGAUUGGCUGCAGCAUGAUUAUAUCCUUAGUUUGAGUUUAAUUUGCCUUUAAUUUGGAUAAAACAAAUUGCAAUAAAAAUUGAACCAAGGAUAAAAUUGUGCCAAACCAUCUACACUAAUUUUUGUGUUACUAAAUUCUAAAAUUAAUUCUACGUCUUUGCGUGUAACAGUGUCGUAAGGGAAGUAUAUUGGAUUUGGAAUCAACAGCAAAAAUCAGUGUGGGAUCAGGGAUCACAGCGCCGGGAACUGGGAUCACAAGCCGCGGGAUUGGGAUCAACAGUAUUGUAAGGGGAUCAGGGAUAUAGUUCUCCCACAUAACAAGAAAGGCCACAAAAUUCCGAAAUGCGCCUUAAGUGGAGGGACCUGCUAAUUUCUUAAAACUCAGUUGUAUUUUUUUCUGUAUCAUUUCGAUCCGGCACUUAACUGUAUGCAAUCCUAUCUGCUGGAGUAACAGACUCUCUGCUGGUUGACCUGUUGACUCAGUUUUUUGGAGCUAUAAUACAUUAACGUGACUAAGCUAACGAAUUGGUCUUUCUGCCGAAUACCGAUUCUGGGAAAAAAUUCACGCCAUAGACAUUGCCUUUUGCCAGAGUAACUAAUUUCCCUCUUUCUAAAACUAUCUUGCGACGAUGAAGCCAAGCACCCUAAACAAUAUAUUUAACAAAGAUUUCGUGAAAUGUACAGACAUGCAUGGCCAAAGGGCCUUUUGCAUCGCCUGUCGCCUUACUAAGAGAGGCAGCUAUUCUUAUUGACAAAAUCCUCUGAUCACAGCACUGUCUUUUUGCAAGUCCGGAAACAUACCCUGGUAUAAAUAUCCAUGAUAUACACAUUUAAGAUACACUCUCUAUCGAUUCUCUAUUCUCUUUUUUUAUCACGGACGUUCUACAUCUUCCUACAUUGUGCCCAGUGGAAAAUAAAUUGGUUUGGUUUCUUUUAUGCAGGUUAUGCAACCAUCUUUUCGGAAUGAAACGGACCAUGGAUAUAAAAUGUUUGAAGAGACAGAAGCUUUGUUUGACAAGUACCUUGAUAGUGGAAAACCUUAUGAUGAGGCGUGCCAAGUGGCACAUUCCUUACUGGAGUUUGUUGAAUUGUAUAUCGAUGAGCCGGAAAUAUCGUGGCUGACAAAUGAUCAUGUUAAAAAUGUACGUUUUUGUCAAAUUUUAUACCUUGUACAACUAGUUCUUGGUAACAGUACAGUGAAAAUUUGUCCCCUUAAACACCCAAGGCACAUGAGAAUAUGGUCAUGUUUAAGAGAGUUCGUCAGAUAGGAAACGGUGGUAGUAUACACAGGCUGAACAAAAGAAGGGUUUCUAUGUGCUUUGCGAGCUUUUUUUACUUUUAGAAUAUAAUAAGGACACAUGAAAUAUAGCCAACUCUCUCUUAGCGGACACCUGUGGACGGUCCUUGCAAUUACUUAGUCGUUUUCUUUGAAUCUUGCUGAGGUGGAUACUUUUGUCAGAUGGACACCUCCCUAACUAAAACGGACACCUUGAGUUGUUCCCGCCGAUCUUCAGUCCUUUUCCAUGGCCUACUAUAAGAAGUACAUGGAAAUUUAGGGCAAGGACCAACCGCGUCCAUUAGGGAGAGUUGAUGAUACAUGGAGAGCAUCGAUAUAACGCCAGUUUGACAAGGUGCAGGUGAUAGUCCAGGUGAGUGUGGCCACGUGGACGAUGUUGGUGAUCAUCUUUUUGCAAAAAGUGGUCUAACGCUACAUUUACUGUUACAGUUCCGCUAAACUCGUCUAUAGAAACUUGAUUUUCUGCGCGGUUGCUGUUUGAUCAAUGUGCAUUACGGCGAGUACACAAUUUCUGCAUAACGCUUUGAUCUGAAGAAAUAAAUUCGUUGUUAAUGAAAUGAAAUGUAGUUAAAAGACGCCACUUUGUCCUACUUUUCACUAAAAGUUACAAAGUUUCGAUCUCACUUACCUCUACAAUAAAACUAUAUUGACCAGAAUAGACAAAGCUUUUAGAGAAGCACAUAUACCAAUUUUUUUCUACGUUGAAAACUGACCGAUAGAUAUCCAUGUUUAUUAAAUAAACAACAACUUCUUAGCGUCAGGACGAAAUUUUUAAUGCACAAAAUUACAAAUGCACGAUACAUAAUCGUGCAUCGAGGCUCCAUUUUCGAUCGUUGUCAUUUUGUGCAUCGUGCUUUUGUCCUUGAGGCUUCAUUUAAGCACAACGAAUGCGCCAUUUAAGCAGGAUGAAGGCACCUUUUAAGCGUGAUAAGCCAUUUAAGGGCGAAGAGAGAGGUACGAGAACAUCUUUAGAACAAAACGUACUCGUAAUUCAAAUUGUGAAGUUGAAAAUGCUUCGGUCAUACAAAACUGACUUUCGGUCAAGCUUAAAUAUCCCAGUUUACUGUUAUUCAUUCUUUCUCUUUUCAACACCAUAGUUUUUUUCUCAGAUGACACAUCGACAAUUGUUUGAAGAAAGGCUUAACCCUUGAAUUUAGGCACGACCUAAGGCUCGAUAAAAGCACGUUUAAGGCUCAAUCAAGGCACGAUGAAGGCAAGAUCUAUGCACCAUCAAUGGAAUUCAGGCUUGAUGCACGUUUAUCGGCUUCUUAUGCGCGACUAUCGUGCAAGCACGAUGGACGAUGACAGAAUUGAAUCUAUUUUGUUACGGCUGCGAUCACCUACACCGUGCACUUAGCCGUGGACUCUUGAAUAAGAGGGAUAUUGUUGACAGUGACUGACAUUUUUAAUAUAAGUCACAUUUUUAGCGUCCGUAACCAAUACAUCACGGUUUAAUUGACAGACCAUCACUAACAUCUCGACUUAUAUUAACUGAUGGGCCAGGUUAUUAUGACGAACAACCUUACUAUUAAGGACUACACUCGCCUCGACAAUCACUUUCCACCUAUCUAAUCCCUUGGUGGAAACAAGUUCUGAAACCGCCACUGAGGUGUGAUCCCAGAUCUAUCGUAAAACUAGCCAUACAGUGACUGUCGGGGGUCUAACCUUGGCAACUGCGAACUUAACUAUCCCACUUUCUAGCCGAACAUUCAUAUGUUUUAGGGGGCUCCGCCAGAUCCGUUGAUCAACCAAUUUGUUUUGCUCAGGACCCUGCUCAUGCCUGUUGUUUUUCUAUACGCUUUGCAGCUCAAAGAACAUAUAAUAAAAAGGUUAUUUGCAAUAAGAGCCACAAACCUUCAGACGAUUCUUCAGCUUUCUUCGGUUUUGAAGGAGGCCACUGCAUUUUCAGACGUAGAAGUUUCUCCAGAGAGCAUGGUAAUUUUCCACUUAAAAAUGCACUUAAGUGUAGACGGGGUUUACUUUCUAAUAGAGUGGUAUUAAGGGGGACCAAAGGUUAGACUUGAAUCCCUGAAAACUGGUUUAUCUCACACGAAAGAAAAAAGUACAGUCUUCAGUCGAUUACGUUACACAAACAGGAUAGCCGAUCAAUGAUAUAAAGCGAAGUAUCACAGGAGGAGACAUUCAAGUAAACACAACUCACUCAUAUAAUCAUAUCUGAUCUCUCUCUCUCUCUCUCUGAUCUCUUUAACAAGACUCUCUUAUAUACUAUCGGCACCUUAGAUUACGUCACCGGCUGGAUGUGGCAAAUAUUCUUUAAAUAUCUAGAACUCACAACUCCACAGUAAGCAGAGAGUUCUAGAACGUUCUUAUGAGUAAGUCGUCAUUAUUAAACAAUGCACUGGUAGUACAUCUAGAAAGUUUGAUUGCAUUACACAAUAUCGUUACAGAUACAGUGUUUCACUCGCGAUCGCAACGUUUUAUAGCAGCUUUCGGUUAUACUGAAUUAGAUGGACACUGGUGAUAUGAAGCACCUUGGCCGAGUGCCAUUUUUUUUUCUUUUCUUUUUUUUUUUUUUAAAAUUAACCCUUGCACUCUCAAAGGUGGCCAAAUAAAAAAUUCAAAAAAAUUCCAAAUUUUGUUUUAUAAAAUACUGAAGAACAAAUAACACCAUGUGAAAUGUCUACCAGAGAGGUUUCAUUUGAAUGGUCACACCACAGAAUUUAUUUUUUUUACACAGUCUCAAAAGUGAGGUCAGUGAGAUAUUCGCACACUUUGCGUACCCUGGGAGCAGAGGCCCUUCGAUCUUCCUAGAUAAGUCUGGACUUUUCUACGAAGAUCGAAAGGCCUCUGCUCCCAGGGCACUCAUUGCGAUGCUAAAACGUACAAUCCUCAUUUCCAUGACAUCCUUUUGAAUUUCAGAGAACUGCAUUACGCUCUCUCGAUAUGUGGGUAUCUGUUUCGGAAAUACGAGUAAAGAAGGAGGAAGCAAAGGAUCUCGGUCUUGUCAGGGAUUUAACGAGGAUGUUACUUCAUUGCUCAGGAAACAUUCUUCAAGGAACGGCACAAGAAGAAUCCCUUAACGCUACUGAGAGAGAAGAGGUGAGACAUCUUUUGGGGGUUUGAUGCAUAAAUAUUGGACAUGUCAUUUACGAUUGUGCGAGUGUUUUGUUCUGUUUUUCAGUUACCACUAAACGUAUUCAUUCUUGCCAGAGACAAUUUAUCCCUUUUACAAAGGGGUCCAAUUUACUCCAGAGACUUCAAGGACAAGUUAUUCCUACCUGCCUACCUCUAACUAGCUCACAUUACUCGUAGUCGUGGUGAAUUGAACUGCAAAUUGUCCUUCGUCUUCGUUUUUCCUCUAUGCUUUUAUACGUGGAUGAUUGAAUAACCCAACGAAGAAUGGUCAUCACCAGGUUUUUCUUGCAGAUGGUGGAGCUGUCGAAAAGUGCUUUGAAGCUGAAUGAAAGAAUCUGCGACGCUGAAAUCUCGACAAAACUUCCAGGCGAAAGACACAGCUCUUUGAAAACAAUCCAUAAAGAUGUAUUUGUUGGCGUUCUGGAUGCGAGUGACGUUAGUCUUUGGCAUUUCGAAGAAGAUGAAAUCAGUGUGAUAUUUCCAUAUCUCAGCAAUAGCAUCAGUCAAGAAAUUUUUGGCGACGCACAACAGGUGUCUUUCCAAGUAAGGGUGCAUGUGCAAAUGCAUGGCCAUAUACUAAAUACAAAUUUUACCAAGCAGCAAAGAGGUUUCAUUUUUAAAUGUUAACUUCAAGGAAUCUUGUCCACAUACGCAAAAAAAAAUGAAUGAAUAAAAUAAAAAUGUCAUAUUUCCAUGAUUUUCUAAGUGUGAAAGGGUUCUAUUGUGCACAUCUUAAGGUGUGAUGUCCCUUUCCAGCGCUCACAAUUCCAAGAGUCAAAUCAGACAAAAAAUGAAAGCCAAAGCUCACCUGAGAUGCAGCUCCUAUAAGCCUAUUGUCAGGGUAAAAAGAAAACACUGUCGAUUUUUCUUAUUCAUUUUCUUUAAGAUUAUCAACUACAAAGUAAACCCAUACACUGUACAGCAGUCAGUUGACGAUGACAUCAAUUCUCAAGUGGUCAGCCUAGUAUUAAAGGACGAAGUUGGUCAAGUCAUUAACGUCUCGAAUUUGCAUGGAAACAUCUUGCUGACAGUCCCUUUGAAAAAGACUCGAAAUAUAACUACGCCUCCUGUGGACGCCUACACAGUUCCAGAUGUUAUGGUGUACAGGGUGGUCACUACAUACCAUGAAAGUACAUCUCUAAGAAUCUCGCUGACACUAAAGAGGCAUGCUCCUAUCGAAGUUUAUGUCAAGUAUAGCAGCAGGCCAACCAAGACAAAUUACGAUCAUGCUUCAAUUUUGCAAAAAGAGGCUUGCCAAAACAACUUGCAAUUUUGUAAUGUAAGCCACUACUUUUGGUUUAAUGCUGACCGACCUGGACAGUACUUUGUUGGUCUUAUUGAAAGGCUGCUAGAAGAGAGUUCUACCUCACCGCUGAACUCCCUUGCAAACGGUGUGCCAUUUGUCAAUUUCAGAAAGAGACGAGUUGCGAGAUCUCUCGAAACAAUGAAAAACUCCUAUGGACAUCAGUGUGUGAGGCUCAAGGAAGCGCCAACACAGGAACCGAUGGUUGAAAACAUCACGCGUUCCUUGCCUCAAUACGAUCCUGAAAAGUCUUUUAACUUCACCUUAGAAGUAGACGUGGCAAGAUGCCUUUACUGGUCUGAAGACAAAGAAGAGUGGAUGGGUGAAGGAUGUAAAGUAAGUAAUGGCAAUUAUGUCAACACCCACUAAGUUGUAGGGCUGCCUAAACCCGUUCGGAGAACAUGAAACGCGAUCCUAGUAGUUGGCUUAAGAUAACAACACAACCAUUAAAAACAUGACGGAAACACUAUACCCACAGGAGUUGCUGGAAAUGAUUUUUUCAUCUACUUUUGUUUAUUUUAAUUGUACCUUAAUCUGCCUGCAGCUGCGUUGGACAACGUGACAUCAACAACCUUUUCUAGAUAAAAUAUUACCGCUCGAUAAUAUACAGUCAAACCCAGCUUUAGGGACACCCGCUUAAAACGGACACCUCAAUAUAACGCAACGUCCGUGGAAAGAAAGCCCCCCACAUGUUCUCUAAAUUAACCCGUCUACUACGGACACCCCGUUAAUACAGACCGUUUCUAUGGCCUCUCAGUGUCCUUCAUUACCGGUGUUUGACUACAUUAUAAAAAAGGAAGCUUAGGUAAUUUAAUACAGAUCCUGCUUAUUUUACAGGGCCCAUCUAGAUGUCAUAGUAAAUUCGUUUCAUUUGUCUUCACUUUUUAGACCUCACUUUUUGAAAACACUUAUCAAGUGGCUCUUCGGAAAAUCCUAGAUUACGCUAUUUCGUAUAAUUUUAUUUCUUUUAUGGAAUAGGCUGGCAAGAAUUCUACUCCGACUGCAUUACAAUGCCUUUGCAAUCACCUCACAUCGUUUGGAGGCUCGUUCUUGGUGAAACCAAACAAAAUAGACUUCUCUCAAGCUCAAGUGAGUUUUGAAACGAUUAACGACCCUUAUGAUGUCUUGGUUCUUGUGGCAGCACUGCUCGUAAAUCUUUUUUACUUGAUGUCAUUUAUCCUUGCAAGAAGAGCUGACAGAAAGGACUUAGAAAAGGUAAAUUUAGAAGAUUAAUUGCAGCACCUAUAUCCAGAAAUGCACGCAGAAAAAGCCCAAGGGUUGGCAAGAAUUUAAAUUAGAUUACAAAAGGUGCUCCUUGUAAAGUAGCGAAGUUGGCAAAAAGGGUGAAUCUGCGAAAAUUUACUAUAUUUAGUGAAUACAGUCAAACCCCGGUAAUGCGGACACUGAGGGGACCAUAGAAAGUGUCAGUAUUAACUGGGUGUCCGUAGUAAGCGUGUUUAAUUUAGUGAAAAUGUGAGGGCUCUCUUUCCACGGUCCGUAACAUUGAGGUGUCCGUUUUAAGUGGGUGUCCGUAAAGCGGGUUUUGACUCUAUUCAAACUGGAUGCCAAACGGAGCCCAUUGGAAAGUGACGAUUUAGACGAAAAUGGCGAAGACGACAAAAAAUGGUAAAAACCUGCCAGCAAUGGUGAAAAUGGCGAAUAUGGCAAAAAUCGGCAGAGGGUUGGCAAAAAUUUAAAUGAGAUUACAAGAGGCGCUCCUUAUAAAGUGGCGAGGUUGACAAAAAUGGCAAACCUGGCAACAGUUUGCCAUGGUUUUGGCAAAUAUUCUAAUUGGAUGGCAAGAGGCGAUUUUGACGAAAAUGGUGAAUACUUGCCAGCAAUGGCAAAAAUGGCGAAUCUGGCCAAAAACUACCAGAUGGUUGACCCAAAUUUAAAUGACAUUACAAGAAGCCUCCCUCGUGUUAAAUGGAAACUUCUUACAGUACACUUUAUAUAGUACAUUUGGCCAUGAUACAAGGCCAGGGUUGCAGCAACCCUUCCAAUUUGUAUCUUUCUGCGAAAUACCCCAAUAUCACUUUGUUUACCAGCUUUUCUGGACAUAGGCCUGCCCAGAGGGAAUGUGUACGAACGGGACUCAGGUCCCAUGCGGGGUGCCAUCCCUAGCCAAUCCCGCAACCCGUUAAGGUUGGCCACACCACCGGGGUCUACAGCCCCUACUCUUUUCAAAAACUGAUUUGGGUUCUUUUACGUCCCACAAUAACAAAUCAGUGAAAGUGCUGCGAGACAGGACCUAUGGUUUUUCGUCCUUAUCCGAGAAGACUAGAAAGUCUAAUUAUUUGCAGAUUUCAUUAAUAAGGUAGCACUUUCUUCUCAGUUAUUUAAAGACCCUGAGUAUCGUUCCCCCUGGGUUCGAAUCCGCGACCUCCCGCACGGCAGACCGGCGUUCUACCAACUGAGCUAACCACGCGGCAGUAAAUUUAAUGUAUUUUGAGUCAAUCCUUGUUCCUCAACUAACUGCGGAGGGAUUAGCUCAGUUGCUAGAGCGCUUGACUGCAGAGCGGGAGGUCGCAGAUUCGAUUUCCGGGAACGGACCAAUACUCAGGGUCUUGAAAUAACUGAGAAAUGAAGGUACUACCUUUGCUCUGCAAGUGACUAGACCUUCAAGUGGCUUGGAUGGCCACGUAAAAAAGAAGUCUCGUCUCCAGUAGGAGACUUCAAAAUAGUGUCCCCAAUUAGUACCUUCGUGCGAAAUAUAUGACACUCAAAUGAAGUGCAUUUUUAUUUUAGGUAAGUGCAGUGAUAUCUAUACCUUCAACCGAAGAUGCUGUUCAGCGAUAUAGCGUCUCUGUUACCACCGGAGCGUGGGUAAACUCCGGGACCUCGGCAAAUGUUUCCAUGAUUUUGCACGGAACUGAAUCAUCCAGUGGCGUCAUUAAGCUAAAAACAAUCCACCAUGAAAACGAGAGUACUUUUAGUCGAGGAAACACUGACAACUUUCUUCUUGCUGUUGAUAAGCCGCUGGGACAUUUACAUAAAAUCCGUAUUGGCCAUGACAGCUCUGGAGAGUGUCCCUCUUGGUUUCUGAACAGCGUUUCUAUUACGGAAAUUGAAACAAACUCCAGAUGGAUUUUCCCUUGCUAUCGUUGGCUCGCCCUAGAGAAAGACGAUGGAAACACAACAUUAGAACUCUUUGCCCUGAACGCAAAAAAAGGUCGUGACUUCAAAAGAGAGUUUCACAGUGCCAGGGUAUGUGGUCUCGCAAAUGAUCACCUUUGGUUCUCUGUUGUCACUAAAGAGCCUAGGGAUACGUUUACACGUGUGCAACGAGUGACUUGCUGUUGGUUUUUUCUGCUCUUGGAAAUGCUAACGUCUAUAAUGUUUUACAUUGAGGAUACUGAUACAAUAGAAACCGUAAAUGUGGGUCCUUUAAAGGUGAAUGAAAGGGAAUUUAAAGUUUCUGUGUUCAGUGCUUUAAUUUGCUUUCCGCCAAGCUUCCUUUUUGUGUUCAUGUUUAGCAAGAGUCGACGCUCGAGAACGCGUAUUACUAAUGGCACUAGCGCUGCUUAUGAAGGAAAUGAAAAGUUCGUGCUUCCCCAUUUCUUUGUCUACAUCGCUUGGUUUGUCUGUGUCGUUGGUUCAUCGGCGGCCGGGACUUUCAUCAUUGUCUAUUCGUUACAGAUGAAAGGAAAAACUUCAGCACGUUGGCUGUCUUCAGUCUUCUUGAGUACCAUUGAAGACGUUUUUGUUUCCCAACCAGUGAAAAUUGUCAUUCUUUCUGUUCUUCUGGCAUUGCGACUCGCAAGUAGAGGAAAGCAUGAAAGGAACCAUGAUGAACGAUAUAAAGUCGAUUGUGGUGACUCCCAAGUACUGUUCACUAUGUCUGAGGACGAAGUAGAGCGUAAACGGAAAUACAGGGUUACCGAGAGAAAGACCAACAUAUUUCUGAGAGACAUAACGUUUUCGUGUGUCUUCAUAACUCUCCUCAUGUAUGUAUGCUAUGGUGAUAAAAGUGAGAACCGAUAUCACAUGGCUGAAUCCACAAAGAAUGUUUUUGUUAAACUUGAUAAGGUAAGAGAAGCCGCUUCUAGAACAAUAUCGUACUUUCAGGGCCCAUACAAAUAACGUUCAAUUUAAUUAAGUUGGGAUCGAGCCUUUUUGUGAUGUGAGAGAUGAUUUGGCCAAUCAACCCUGUUUAGUCUCUGUACGGCAUUUUUUUCCGCCCCUCUUGGUCAAUAGCGCUUUGCACUAAUUACGUCACGAAUUUCUGGUCCCUGCUGUGACUCAGACAUUGAAACUCACCAGUCUAAGAGAUUUGCAUGGGAAAGUCACUUUCGCCAACAAAUUUUCGUCGUCUUUGAAUAUUUUUAUCGUCAAAAAAAAAAAAAAAAUCCAGCAUGGUUUCGAUAACAUAGUAUAUCCUGAAAAUAAUCAACGUGUGCCAAGACAACGUUAAACAUGGAAAAACUGUACAGAUGAGUGAUUUUAUUUCUCAUGCGGUGUCAUUACUGUGGGUAAAAUUAUCUUACGGCAUUUUACUAAGACUAUGUAUGGAGAGCAGGGCUUCAGAACUGUUCACAAGACGGUGCAUUGGGUUAAAAUUUAUAGGCAAAGGUUGCUCAAUUUUUUUUCGAGUGCUUAUGUUACCCUGCUUAGUACUACAGGAUAGAAAGUACUGUAUGGAACCUGGCCUGGCCGCACAAUAACAGAAUUUCCGGUAUGUGCUAAUAGUGCUAAUAGUGUGCUUUUCUCCUUAGAAAUUCUGCCACAGGCUUGCGAGAAGCACAUACAAACUCGAUUUUCUCUUUAGCAAUUUCGGUUUUGGAGCAUUGCACAGCCAGAAAUAACGUUAUGUCAUGUUUCUGUGCGUGGGGUGCUAUCUGAAUAAGACAGAGCUAUGUAUCCGAUUUCGGUAGCCUGCUUUGAUCAAGUCGCUUUAUUUUCUGAUUUUAACCGUUUAUUUGAGUUACUUGGACCAGGUUUUGCUCCCUAUAGUAGUAAUGCCUUUUAUAUUCUAGACUAAGGCCCAAAAAACAUGUUAAAAACGCUCACUGCGAAUUUUAUGAACAAUUUUAGUGUCGGAAACACUUGUUGCUCAUGCAAAGCCUUUGAGUAGAAUGCAAAGUUUGUUUGAGUCACGUGGGGGAUCUAAGGUGACAAAACCUAUUUUUAGUAAUAGUGCAAAGCACUAUUCACUUCGGUGACAUAUCCGAGACGCUUGGCCCACGUGACCCGAAACGCUUUUGCCGCGCGGAAUAACGAGGCUUCGGGACUAGGCAAAAAUCAACCCAUUAUCGGCGUAAUCUCAUGAUCCAUGGUGCUGACUAAAAGGAUGAAAAUAGCAUCCCUGAGAAGCAAUCUCCUUGCCAAAGGUUGCGGUCCUUUUUGUCAGCACCAUGGAUCAUGAGAUUACCUCGGAAAUGGGUUGAUUGGUCUUCCUUUUCGUGCAUCUGUGCAUUUUCUUGCGGGGCAUGCCGAGACCCUGUGGCUGACGUUAAUCGCUGCUAAAGUAAGAAACACAUUGCGUUCAUGUAUGCAUAAGUAUCAGCGCUUGAAUGGCUAGGAAAUGUGCCUAAGUGUCGUUUCAGUGGCGUUUCAAAGUCUGCCUUGGCAGAUAGAUCCAUCCCCUUACCUCCAACCAAGUAUUGAACAACUUAUUGCUGUUGCGUUGUAAUAAGAUGAAAGCUAUAAGAACGUUUCUUGCACAUAUGCAUGGAACUGCCACUCUUGUUUGCAUCUUAGAUUUAAUGCAGUUUAUGUGCUCAUGCACGCACGGGUAUUUCGUACCGCACAACGGUACAAAAACCACAAGCCUUGAAAGUAAAUGGAGAAGUAGGCAGUGAACUUGAGUUAUACUCAUUGGGGCAUUUAAGAUAUGUACACCGGCAUAGUACCACUACUUAACAAUGUCGGUAACUAAUUGUGAGGUGUUAUGCGUUGAUGGAUGGUCUGCUAAAGUUCCCCAAUCUGUUUUGUAGAUAAGGGACAAACCUCACUUAUGGAAAUGGUUUGAAGAUGUGUUGAUUCCAGCAACCUUUGCAAGCGAGUGGUAUAAUGGACAGAAAGAAACAAUCACAGAGUAUACUGGAACCAAACGGUCUAUUCUGAUCGGCAUGCCACGUUUGAGACAACUAAGAGUAUUAAAAGGUAGGUACAAAUGAUUCAGCUAUCUUCACUCUUAUCGGCGACAACAAGCAACCUUCCACCUUUGGGACGUAAAGGGGGCGGGGAUCUCAGAUCUGGGCAGUGCCUCUGAUUGGUUCAAGCAAAUUUCCCACGAGGCACGACCAAUCGGAAGCACUACCCAGAUCUGGGUGGUGACUCUUCAUCAGUAUGGAAUUUCUCCACAUUAAUACUAAUUUUAAAUCAUUGUCAGUUGAUGAUAAUGACUCUGAAAUUUUAACAGUCCCUGAUUUAAGCUAGUCUGAUUCUGAUUAACCAAGUGAAAAUAUUCGCUCAGUUCAUUACUUUCUUUUUGUGUAGAUUCCUGUGUUGUUCCUUACGAGUUUGCUGAUUCCAUUUCGUCCUGUUACGAUUUUUACGACGAGCAUAACGAAGACAAAAUGGGUUGGAACGAACUAUUGAAUAACUCCUUGCGAGACUUGACCAACAUUGGUUGCACAGAAAACUGGAAAUAUAGGACAGAUGAGGAGCUAGGUGCCCAUAAAAGUCUAGGACAACACGCUCUUUAUAGUGGUGGCGGUUACGUUGCCAAUUUAGGAUAUGAUGGCAAAACUGCCACUGCGGUUCUACAGGAUCUCCAUUCCAACGGAUGGAUAGAUCGUCAAACCAGAGUUGUAAUGGUCGAGCUUUCUACGUUCAACGUUCCCUUUGAGUUAUUAGCGAAGGUGAUUAUAUAUUUUGAGAUGCUUCCGUCGGGCUUUUUAGGAGUAUCAAUUGAUACCCAGGCCAUGCCAUUAUUUGAAAAGAAUCCUGUCUAUCAAGUCGUUUUUCUUGUUUUUGCGUUUGUUCUUGGUUAUUAUCUGGUGAGUGAAUGCAUCAGGGUUUAUAAGCUAAAGUAG